AUGUCGCAAAAUUUGAAUUUUGUUUCUUGGAAUUGUCGAGGUGGUUUAUCGUUUUCUCGCAAGUCUCGGUUUAUUCGCUCUAUGGUUGUUUCUCAAAAGCUCUCUCUUUUAGGAUUGAUUGAAACUAAAAAUGAAGGUUUUGAUGAUUUUGGUGUUCGCUUACUUUGGCCGAAUCUUGAUUUUGACUAUAGCUUUGUUCCUUCGUUGGGUGCUUCGGGAGGUAUUAUUUGUAUUUGGAAUCGGAAUUUAAUUUCUCCAACGAGAAUUUUUAAAGCUAAUAGAUGGAUUAGCUUAGACUUUAUUUGGCAUGGCAUUAGCAUUAGAUAUAUCCUUGUUUAUGCUAGUAACUGUGCACGUGAACGUGCGGCUUUAUGGCUUGAUAUUCUUCCUGAACUUUCUACGGAUUAUAUGUGUAUCUUGGUGGGAGACUUUAACGAUAUUCUUGAUCCUUCGGAGCGGUUAAACUGUGAAAGUUACUCGUCCUCUAUGAUGGCUUUCUCGAGUUUUAUUUCAGAUUCUAAUCUUGUUGAGUCUACGCUUCAGGGUAGAUUUUUCACGUGGCAAAAUAGUACCUCGAGAUCUAAGAUAGACAGAUGCUUUGUUUCUCCGUCGGCUUUUGUUUCUUGGCCGAAUUGCUCAUUGAAGGCGCUUCCCAAAUCUUUUUCUGACCACAUCCCGAUUCUGUUUAACUCAGAAUUGCCUAAGAAUUGGGGAGCAAAACCUUUUAAAUCGAUAAAUGCUUGGUGGAGCCAUUCAGAUUUCAACUUGUUUGUUGCUUCAACUUGGUCCUCCAUUUCUCUUAGGCUGCCUGCUGCAAACCUCGUCAUCAAGCUUCGGGAACUCAGAUCUGCUAUUAAAACCUGGAAUAGAUAA